UAGUAGCAGCCACUGUAUUUCCUACCAGUACAUUCCAGCAAUCAUAUAAACCAGAUUAAAUGGUCUCCCUGCUAGAGAGAUGGACAACGACUUGGACAACACCCUCUCCUGCCCGAUUUGCUACGAGCACUAUGGUAUCCCCAAGGCACUUCCGUGUCUCCACACAUUCUGCAGUAGAUGUCUUCAGCAGAUUGCUGAUGGAUACAUGACCAUAACCUGCCCUAUCUGCAGCACAGUUCAUCAACUCCCAACCAAUGGGGUUGAUGGAUUUAGCACCAACUACGCACUGGCUGACGUCAUGGUGGACCUCAAAUCACCGAAAUUCAAGGAGGUCAUGAACAGGAAGAAUAAAGUCGAAGAAGUGCAGGACAUUGUCAAAAGGGAAGGAAAGAAUCUCAAGCACUUGGUUGAGGUUGUCCACACACCGCUUCUGCAAAGCAUCACAUCAUUGAAAAGGGGUGCCGUCCAGCAAAAGAAGGAGAAGGUCAAGUUGGUGAAUGAGUUGUACGACAGCAUCAUCGCUCAUGCCGAAAAGGAGCGGGAGAGGCACAUCAGCGGGGUGGAGAAAAGUAGCAGCGUCGCCAUGAAAUACUUCGACGACGCUCAGAGUGUGAUUUUGAAGGAAAAAAUGAAGAUCGAAUCCUUCUACACAACAGCUUCGCGCAAAUCGUACACGGACAUGGAGGAGAUGGAUCUAAAGGACUUCUUGCGAGAUGCAGCAGAGCACAACCGAGGUGGUAGAAGAAUAGCAACGGAACACUCCCAUCUCAUGUGGAGUGAUGUUGAUAUCUCCGAGGAUAAAGAUCAGAUGCGACAGAUUCAUUCCAGUCUUGGAGACAUCGUUCGGGUUCAUGGAAACAAACGUUCUCACCGUCCCCGGAUCGGGACCAUGGAGAAUGGCAAGAACGGUAGACCUUCCCGUCGAUCGAACAGAAGUAAGAGUGAACCACACCCAGAUGCAAUAGAAGCAGCUUGUCUGCCCAAGGUAGAUAGGAAGAAGUUAAGUGACCCUGUUCGUAAUGUCGUCGAUUCUGUCCUGCAGAUGAUACGGAGAGACAACCAUCGUGUAUAUGGCGAGAAGAAAAGUGACUCUAACUCGACCAGAAAUGCCACUCCGAAAAGACCACUUGUUAUUCCUACGCCCCCAGCAAAGAGAAGCUUGUUUGAUCCGCCUCCCUAUUUGCGUAGAUCGAAGUCAGAUGAGGAGCCGCUAGUCGUUCCUAGAUCCCAAGCAACUGAAUCAGCACCUAGACGGUCUAAUAGUACUCAAUCUACAGCUUCGGGUAACAGCCAUAGUUCAGGAACACCCUCCAUUCAAGGACAGCAAGGGCCUCAGAAACCACCUAGAGCUGCCAUUGAUUCUAAAUUGCAUUCGCCAUGCGGAAUUGCUAUCACUGCCGAUGAUGAAUUAAUGAUAGCAGAGCGCCUCACGGGUAUAAUCAGACUCACCCAUCCUCGAUGUCUGCGGACGCAAAGGAAUGUCAAACCGUUCAGAGGUCACAUCGAUGAAGCCAAAACACACGCACUCUUUGACCUCACCGUGCUCCCUAAUGGAGAUGUCGCUGUCACAGACUCAAGCCUCAAAAAGAUAAUCUUCCUGCAGAAGUUAAACAACUACGGAGCACCUCAACAGAUCUGGAUGCCGCACGACAUGGUUCCUCGCGGUAUCACCAGCGACAACGCUUGCAUGUAUGUCUGUGAUGCUGGCAACGGCUGCAUUCAAGUGUACACCCAUACAGGGAAGCACUGUAGCAGCAUUGAACUAGACAAUCUCACAACGGAUCGGUCACCUGCCAUCUCCGAGGUGUGUCCUCAGUCCAUUACAGUCAGUCCUAAUGGAAACAUCCUGGUGAGUGACAUCAUCAAUCGAUGUCUGUACCUAGUUCUGCGCACCGGCGAGAUCAGCAGGCUGUCCAUGAAGUUCACCACACGAAAUGGUCUUCGCUGCUCGACGUCCCCCAACGAGGCCGUCCCUCGUGGCGUCUGCUGGCUCGACGACCACCACGCGCUCAUCGUAGAAGACAACAGCCAGGAAGUCCUCUUCGUCAAUGUCCUAUCUAUGGAAUUGCUCCGCGUGAUACGACGACUGGAGUUCAUCUCUCUUCAGGGUAUGGUACUUGAUUCGUCAGGACAAGUCCUCAUCACGGACAUCGAGAACAACCGAAUCCACGUGAUUACCAAGUCAGACGUCUCUUCGCGUGGGCCGGGACACCAUGCACAACCCACACGGCGCUCAAGGAGUCUGACAAGAGAGGAUACUCUUCAUGCUCAGGGUACAUUAGUGUGAGUUAAUCUAAAUCAAAAAACCAACACAAUCGCAGUUCCAGUUCUCUAAUGUAUAUCCCUUAGAAAUUAUGUUCAGAUUAUGUAAUACGUAAUUGCAAUGUUGACACAUUUCAAAAGAAGAUGGAUAAGGCUAUUGAAAUUGCCCAUAGUUGAUUUCUCGAAUGUCUUUGCAAUCGUGUUAUAUUUGAUAUGUCAUCGUGAUCUUGUGAUCUUGUGUAAUGGCUAUAAUUUAUUUCCGCCUUGAAAAGGAAUUUACAUUCGGUCUCAUCAUUCAUGUUAAUUAAGGCUAUCAUUUAGCUCUGCAUCUAUAAUUACAAAUUUGAAAGAGGAAGCGAUUGGAAAGUUACCCACAUCAUUUAUCAUAUUUUCACGGCAACUAUUGUACUCAACAUUACUUCGAAAAUGAUGUUAAUUUGUUAGAAAAAAUAGAUCACAGAAGAUUUCAACAAGCUGAAAGCGCGUCACAGUAUUUUCCUCCAGACUUUCAGAUUAUAAUAUCAUUGUUCAUAGCAGUUAUUCCAAUAUUCCAUUUGCUUCGCAACUUAACAUAAUGAACACAAUCAUUAGGCUUUUUUUGUUUCGUUAGUUUUUUUUUUUAAUUCAAACAUUCACUAUACUUUACUUACUAGCGUUAUAAUGAUGUGAAUCGACAAUCACUAACCAAUAUUCUUGAAUUUUGAAUUAGAAAGUACUUUAAUACAAUGUUAAUAAUGAAAAACCUAUUUGAUGAAACACUGUCAAAAUAAUACAAAUUGAUAUCAUUGUUAAACUUUGGGGAUGUCUAUUCAGUCCCGUAGAGCAAUUAAGAUUUGCAAUAUUAAGACUUUUCGUAUAAGGUUACUCGUUUUUAAUAAAAUCUUCUUGUAUUUUAGUGAUUGUGUUUAGCACAAACUGUCGUGGCUUUAAGUAAGCACUGCAUUAUAGGAGCAAACGAUAUUGAAUUUGAAUCAAAUAAUUCAUUAUUUUAUGGAAAUUUAUAUCACAACAUUCCUAAAAUUGCGUGGACAUUACUGAACAUUCUGUAAAUAGGUAUAAUCCAAAGAUCCAUUCACUCAUCAUUUUUCUUAAUUACUUUAAAGUUAAUUGCUAUUACUUUUUAUGUGUACAUGUAACAUAUUCAUAGCAUUUUAAAAUAGUUGUAGAGUAGCCGGCCACUGCGCCGCACUACUGUUACGUCAUAGAUACUCACGAUGUUUAUAUCAAAAUUAUUUUCUUCUUGUCUCUGAA